UUUCGGCGGCAGUCAAUGCGUAUAGGCAUGUGCGUGUGCGUGUGCUUGUGAGUGUGAGAGCGUGCAUUGCUCCCAACCUGGGAUGCUCUUUUGCAAGGCGAGCGCCAAGUGCUUUGUAAUUUAUCAAGUCAGUUGCUUAUUGAUUGUCAAACAAGUCGGUUGUGGGAGAGGCGUAAACGCAUUGAAAUAAUUUCCAAAAUGAACAUGUGUUCGUUGACAUUAAUAUUGUUGUUGUUGGCGUUCUGCUCUCAUCAGCGCCAAGUUAAUGCCGGUCGUCCACUAAGAGUGCUGGGACUGUUUCCACAUCCUGGCGUCAGUCACUUUCACUUUUUUCAGCCCAUAAUGCAGGCUCUGGCUGAGGCCGGCCACGAGGUUAGUGUUGUGAGUCAUUUUCCCAACAAAAAGCCGCCCAUGCGCUACAAGGAUUUUCCGCUAACGGGCAUGGAUCAUCUGACAAACAGUGUGGAUUUGAAGUUUUUUGAACAACGUUCCAUAUUCAAACAUUACUUUGAAUUCUUUCUGCUCAAUGAGUGGGGCAUAGCCGCCUGCAAUGCCACACUGCGCUCCGAGGCACUGAACAGCGUCCUAAAGAAGAAGCCUGGCUACUUUGAUGUCAUUAUAUUGGAACAGUUCAAUACGGACUGCCUGAUGGGCGUGGCACAUCACUUGAGAGCCCCAGUCAUAGCCUUGAGCAGUUGUGCUUUGAUGCCUUGGCACUAUGAGCGAAUGGGCGCUCCAGUUAUCACCUCACAUAUGCCCACUUUGUUUCUGGGCUUGUCACAGGACAUGAACUUUGGGCAGCGACUGUUCAAUUGGUUUACGCAUCAUACGCUCAACUGGAUGUACAAAUUAAUCUCUGUGCCCGCUGCUGAUGCUUUGGUGCAGUAUAAGUUUGGACGCGAUAUGCCCUCGGUGGGCAAGCUGGCCAGGAAUACGUCUGUCUUCUUUGUGAACCAGCACUACUCGCUUAGUGGACCCAAGCCGCUGCCACCGAAUGUCAUCGAGCUGGGCGGACUGCAUAUACAGCAGGCAAAGCCUUUGAGCUCAGAGCUGCUGCGCAUCAUGGACAGCGCCGAGCAUGGCGUCAUACUCAUCAGCUGGGGCUCCAUGAUACGCGCUGAUUCACUAACGCCCGCCAAGCGUGAUGGCAUCCUGCGUGCUGUGGGUCGCCUCAAGCAGCAGGUCAUAUGGAAAUGGGAGAAUGAAACGCUGGAUGCGAAGCCAGCUAACAUGCAUAUUAUGAAGUGGCUGCCACAACGCGAUAUACUCUGUCAUCCUAAUCUCAAAGUGUUUAUGACACAUGCUGGACUCAUGGGCAGCUCGGAGGCGGCUUAUUGUGGCGUGCCGGUGGUCACGACGCCCAUGUAUGGUGAUCAGUUCCUUAAUGCCGCCGCUUUGGUGCAACGCGGCAUGGGCGUGCAGCUGGACUAUGAAGACAUUGGCGAGAACAAUGUGCUGCGUGCUCUGAAGAAAGCGCUGGAUCCCAAAUAUGCCGAGGCAGCCAAAACUGUUAGCCGCUCCUUUAAGCAUCGACCCAGACCUGUGCUGCAAACUGCCAUUUGGUGGGUGGAGCAUGUGGCGCAUUCGGGCGGCGAUACUUUGCUCCAACCCAGCGCUGUGCAUAUGUCGCCCUUUGUGUAUCACUCACUGGACUGCUACUUGAUAGUGGGUGCCAUACUAACCAUUGUUAUAGCCAGUUGGGCAACGCUAAUUCAGCGCUGCUUUUUUGCAAAACAAAAGGCUAAGACAGACAGCGAGGUGCACGUGCUGACGCGCCUACAAAACGUCCUGCCGACCGCAGCGGCCGCCGUCGUGCUGACGUACAGCGAAAAACGAGUGUGGACGCGUCCGCUGUUUAUGUACAUUAUCAAUAUGCGUGGACUACAUUGCUGGCUGUCAGUGCUGUUGCUAGCUUUAUGUUCUCAUAGCCAAGUUAAUGCCACUCACUCGUUGAAGGUGCUAGGACUGUUUCCACAUCCUGGCAUCAGCCAUUUUCACUUCUAUGAGCCGCUAAUGCAGGCACUGGCAGAAGCCGGCCAUGAAGUCAAUGUACUCAGUCAUUUUCCCAAUAAAAAUCCUCCAAUACGCUACAAGGAUUUACCGCUAACAGGGUUAAAUCAUCUGACCAACAGUGUGGACUUAGCGAUCUUUGAGAAGCGUCCCUUCUUUCAGCACUACUCUGAGUUCUUUGUGCUCAACGAGUGGGGCAAGGAAGCUUGCAACGCCACUCUACGCUCGCCAGCGCUGCAAACGAUCCUAAGGAAACCAGCCGGCUACUAUGACGUCAUCAUCAUGGAACUCUUCAAUACGGAUUGCAUGCUGGGAGUGGCAUACCAAUUGAAAGUGCCAGUCAUAGCCGACAUGCACUUGGGCAAACGGGUGUUCAAUUGGUUUACCUAUCACACCAUCAAUUGGAUGUACAAUUGGAUUUCCAUACCCGCUGCAGAUGCUUUGGUGCAAUAUAAGUUUGGUCACGACCUGCCCUCGGUGGGAGAAAUGGCCAAGAACAUUUCGCUGUUCUUUGUGAACCAGCACUACUCACUAAGUGGACCCAAGCCACUGCCACCCAAUGUGAUAGAACUGGGUGGACUGCAUAUACAGCAGGCGAAGCCUUUGAGUGCCGAACUGCAGCGACUGCUGGACAAUGCCUCCGAUGGCGUUAUACUGAUCAGCUGGGGCUCCAUGGUGCGCGCCCAUACGCUGUCCUAUGCCAAGCGCGAGGGCAUUGUACGCGCCGUGAGUCGCCUCAAGCAACAGGUCAUAUGGAAAUGGGAGAAUGAUACGCUGAACAAUAAACCAGCGAAUAUGCAUCUCAUGCCAUGGCUGCCACAGCGAGAUCUGCUCUGUCAUCCCAAUGUGAAGAUCUUUAUGACGCAUGGCGGGCUCAUGGGCAGCUCGGAGGCGGUUUAUUGUGGCGUGCCAGUGGUGGCCACGCCCCUUUAUGGCGAUCAGUUCCUUAAUGCCGCCGCCUUGGUGCAACGCGGCAUGGCCGUGCAGCUAAACUACGAGGAUAUAAGCGAGAUUACAGUGAUGCGUGCCAUCAAACGCGCCAUGGAGCUUAAAAUUGUGGAAGCUGCCAAGACAGUCUCGCACUCGUUUAACCACAGACCUAAGCAAAUUAUAGCAACUGCUCUUUGGUGGGUGGAGCAUGUGGGCUACUCCGGUCGCGAUCCUUUGCUGCAGCCUAGCUCUGUCCAAAUGUCACGCUUUGCUUACUACUCGUUGGACACCUAUUUGGUAUUGGGAUUUUUCUUCGCCAUUGCUUUAGCCAGUUGGGUGGCCUUGAUGAACAGUUGCCGUGACAAAUCCAAAUCAAAGUCCGAGCAGAAUUGCAAAAUGUUGCUGCUUUAUUGCCUGAUAAUACAUUUGGCUCAAACGAGCGGCUUAAAUGUUUUGGGCUUAUUUCCUCAUCCUGCUGUGAGUCACUUUCAGUUUUUUCAACCGAUUAUGCGGCGUUUAGCUGAGCUGGGACACAAGGUGGAUGUGCUGAGUCCUUUUAAGGAUGCGAAUCCACUGCCCGGAUAUAAGGACUAUGCGCUGUCAAGUGCAAGUUUUAGCAAUGCCAUGAGCUUUGAUUUGUUCGAGCAACGUAGUUUGCCUUUUCUGUUGCCCUUCGAGGAGUUCUUUAUCCUGCACAAGUAUGGCAAACAAGCCUGCAAUACGACGCUGCGAAGCUCAGCGCUGGAGCAGCUGCUGAAACAACCAGCUGGCCACUAUGACGUCAUACUCUUGGAACAGUUUAAUACGGACUGCAUGAUGGGCGUGGCACAUCAAUUGAAGGCGCCAGUGGUGGCUUUGAGCAGCUCUGCCUUGAUGCCUUGGCACUACGAGCGCAUGGGCGCGCCACAGAUUCCCUCCUAUAUAUCUGCUUUAUUUCUGGGCCAAGCACAGCCCAUGGACUUUGGUGGCAGAUUGACCAACUGGCUAACUAUACACAGCUUGAAUUGGUUGUAUAGUUUGUUUAGUGUGCCUUCUGCCGAUGCUUUGCUGCGUCAAAGAUUCGGCCCAGGCAUGCCCUCCACUGCAAAGCUGGUGAGGAAUACAUCCAUAAUGCUGGUGAAUCAGCACUAUGCGCUAAGUGGCGCCAGGCCACUGCCACCCAAUGUCAUCGAAGUGGGUGGACUGCAUCUGAAGCAGCCAAGGCCACUGAGCGCCAAACUGCAGCAAAUACUAGACCAAGCGCCACAUGGUGUUAUACUCAUCAGCUGGGGCUCACAGCUGAGAGCCAGCUCGUUGUCUAGCCGCAAGCUGGAUGGCUUAUUGUUGGCGCUGUCGCGUCUGCCGCAGCAAAUCAUUUUGAAGUGGGAGGAGCAUACAUUGCCGCAUUGUCCGAGCAAUGUGCAUGUGAUGAAGUGGCUGCCACAACGGGAUUUACUUGCUCAUCCCAAUGUGCGUUUGUUUUUUACACAUGGGGGCUUGAUGGGCAUAACCGAGGCCGUAGCAAGUGGUGUGCCCAUAGUGGGCAUGCCCAUCUAUGGCGAUCAGUUCCUCAAUGUAGCACAGUUGAUGGCUCAUGGCUCAUCAGUCAAGCUGGAGUUCCAGCAGCUGAGCGAGCAAACCGUUUAUGCUGCUCUUAGCCAGGCUUUGGAUCCCUCAUACAAACUCAAUGCCCAACGCCUUGCUCAAGCUUAUAAUGCGCGCUUGGAGCAGCCACUGGACAGCGGUGUCUGGUGGGUGCAACAUGUGGCAGACACCAAGGGCGCACCUUUGCUGCAGCCCUGCGCAGUGAAACUCAACUGGAUUAUCUACCAUUCGCUGGAUGUCUACCUGGCCAUAACUGGCGCCUUGCUGUUACUGCUGCUCAUCAGCUCCAAGCUCUGGCGCCGCUGCCACGCCCCCAAAGCGACAGCGUCUAAGCCAAAAAGCAAGCGCAACUAAUUAUCUUUUGCAUUGAAAA